AUGAGCAUAGGCGGUACUAUACCUCUCAACAUCUCGUGCAAAACUCAAGAGGGGUUGAAGAUGCCAAUUCGAAAGCCAACGGCGACAUCCACUAGUGGUCCAAUUACCACUCAUUCCCCACGAAGAAGAGCAGACAACAGAGCAUCAAUGAUAUUUCGUACACAAUUUUCGUUGAACCAGGACGACUUUGAACCACACCGACAAUCAUUAAUAGUCCCCUCGUCGUAUGACUUGAACAGAGAAAUCCAUGAACCCCACGAUGAAACGUUGUUUUACGACCAUACAAAUAAAUUGUUCAGUCAACACAAACGGUCGAACCACUCAAACUUUCUUUCCGAAGAACAGAUAGCGUCGGGAAUGGAGGAGGUCGUCACGUCCGUCGCCGAGACCAAAAGCGAUGACAAAAAGGUGUUGAAGGAGAACGUCGGGUGCACCACAAAAGUCGCUGAAAAGCAGAAGACGCACACAAAGAACAAGAUCCUUGUCAUGACGCCCGACGGCCAAAAGCUGUCCAAACAGAACCCCAAAACUCCGAGACUUGAAGACUUAGGCGCUAUAGAUUUGUCAAUUAAUAAUUUGGAUGUUUCAGACAAACACGAUAAAGAACACACACUUAAAACUCCUGAAGAUGUAAUCGAUGGGAAGAGCAAAGACGACUUCGUCGAAAAGGCUUUCAACGAUGUCGUUGAGGGAAAGCUCCUCGCAAAGACUGCUACGAACACGCCAAGAGUCGUAGACGAAACAAAUGGGCCGCGGCGACUUACAGCAGAGGCGUACCACGUCUCACGAGAAAAGUCUCCAACACGCGUUCAAAGUGAACGUCCGCGCAAUGGGAAAGACAAAGAAUUUUUGCGAGUGAAAAAAGACGACGCGCUUGACAAACGUGAUGCUUCGAGUAAUGAAAGGUCAAACACAUCGAGUGUGUCUCUAGUAAGUGAGGAUGACGACGACAUGUUAGAGCGAGUUGAUGGAGUGACAUAUACCUGGUUUGAUAAGAAAGACGUUGACAUCAUGAUAUCCAGUGACGAAAAUAAAGUACGAGAGUAUUUAAAACGGAACCGUGUCACCGUAGGGUUUCCUAUUAAAGGUUAUGAGGAGUGUUUAGUCCUCGACAUUCGGAAUGGCGACGAUAACCCAAUGGAACAGAUCAAAGAAAUCCGCGCGAUGAUGCAAAAGAGGAAAGAAGAGUUCAUGCAACGACAUGGUGAUGAGUUUCGUCUUGUCGACUUAGAUAAGAACGGGAAACACUUGAGAAUAAUUGAUGUACACCAGACAAAGACAAGUAAAGGAGUAGGAGAGGGGAUAGUAUCGACUGAACAAGAACUGGUUACUCAGAUUGAAACGAGUGGUUUAAAUAUUCCAAAAAAUGAGAAGAAAAGUGACGAUCACGUUCAAUCUCCAGAUUUACAAACUGACAAACUGAGUGAAAAAGAGAACGAAAAUGUGGAAAGAAACGCGUUAAAUCCUUCUGAAAAUGGGGAUCUCCAAACACCACAAAUUGACCCCCAAAGACUCCCACCAGAAUUGACGGGGUUCGAAGACAUCACAAAAUACUUCUCUAUACUCGACGACACGGAAAAGGAACAAUACGAGAGAUAUAAAAACGUGAUGACGGAGUUGUGGUUGACUGAAGAAUCACAUGUCCAGUCAUUGGACGUUCUUUUCAAAUGUUACUUGGUCCCCCUUUCUUACAGUAAGUACAGCCCAAUAGUUCAAAAGAUGAAAAUACAAAUUGGAAUGCUGUACGAUCUUCACUCGAUAUUUUAUAAGAAGAUAAGCCAGAGAAUGAAGGCCGUUGGUAACAAAGUUGUUCCAAUGGUCGCCGACUUGAUGCGAUACUUCUUCCACUUCGUCAAGGCGACGUGUCCAUAUAUAGUCGAGUACAAUGCUAAUCUGCGGACGGUGAAUGAACUAAUGCAUCAAAAAGGUGUGAAACACAUUGUUGAAAGAAGUAUAAAGCAUUAUAAAGAGUGUCAUGAGGGUGUUGUGGUUCAACGUAUUCAAUCGUACUUGAUCAUGCCCAUCCAACGAAUUCCUCGAUACGUUUUGUUAAUCAAAGAUAUGUUGAAAUGCGCACCACCAAUCACACAAGACACAGACACACUUGUGGAGUGCUACCAAGUGAUUUUGGAUGUCGCCGCGUGGAUUAACGAAACCAAGUUGUAUGAAGAAGAGCGUGAGAAAUAUGGCAUAGUCAUUAAAGCCAUUCCAGGGUUGCUUGAUAUGAACAAAAGUUGCCGUCGAUACAUUUUAUCGGGAGUUUGUAAGUUCAUGACAAUCGAAGAAGACAAUGGCGUCCGAGAGGCGUACUUCUUUUUAUUUAACGACGUCUUAAUUGAGACAAAAAUCGAUAAAAUGAAGGGACAGAAAGUCAAGAAGAGCAAAUUGAACAAGACCUAUGCGCAAAUUAAUCAAUACGAAACAGUCGAAGAUUUUGAGGGUGAUGUGUUCCAAGUACAACAAGUGUAUAUGAUAUCAGAAGACGCGAUUGUGUCGUAUUGCCCGAACCCAUCACUGGGUCCUUCGGUAUCAUUUACUUCCGUUUUGUAUGACGUCUCCGUCACACUUGUUUUUGGAGAUGUUGUUGAGGCUAAUGCAUGGUUUGUGGCUAUGGCAUAUACAAUUAAGCUUGCACCACGAAUUAACGAGUCGAAAAUCAUAUACAAUAUCAGGAACGAAUAA